AGUCCUCCUGUUGUCUUCUGAAGCACCUUGAUUCCGGAAACGUCACACAGGUCCAGAGACAAGCUGUUUCUCGUUAACGCGCGAGUUAAAGUGUUCAGUUUCAGUGGUUUAGAAGUAAACAGCAGUUGAGCUUGGGUUCUUUCUCAGUAAACGCGCUGCUAUGCCCGGGUUAGACUAUAAAUUCCUCGAGCGACCGAGACGCCGCUUUCUGUGCCCUUUGUGCAACAAGCCGAUGCGGGAGCCGGUGCAGGUGUCCACCUGCGGACACCGGUUCUGCGAUACCUGCCUCCAGGAGUUCCUCAGUGCGGGUGUGUUCAAGUGCCCAGAAGAUCAGCUGCCUCUCGACUACGCUAAAAUUUUUCCGGAUGUAGAUUUGGAGCAGCAGAUUCUGGCUCUGCCCAUCCGCUGCAUUCACAGUGAGGAGGGUUGCCGCUGGUCAGCACAGAAUAAACAGCUUCAGGCCCAUCUUUCAGUAUGUACCUAUAACGUUGUACCAUGUCCUAACCGCUGCAUGGUGAAAUUAUUGAGACGUGAUCUUCCUCAGCACCUGCAGCAUGACUGCGCCAAGAGAAACCUGCGCUGUGACCACUGCGCUGAGGAGUUCACCGGGGAAGCACAUGAGAGACACCAGGACAUGUGUCCAGAGGAGAGUGUGUACUGUGAGAAUAAGUGCGGGGCUCGUAUGGUGCGCAGAUUGCUAACCCAGCACAAUCUGUCUGAAUGCCCCAAGCGCAAACUCCCUUGCAAAUACUGCAGCAAAGAGUUCCUCUACGACACUAUACAGCAUCACCAGAACCAGUGUCCAUGCUUCCCAGUUCAGUGCCCCAACAACUGUGGCGUACACGGCAUCGCCCGGGAGGAUUUAAUGACUCAUGUUAAGGAGAGCUGUGGCAACGCCAUGGUGCUCUGUCCAUUCAAAGAGGCUGGCUGCAAAUACAGAUGCUCCAAACCUGCAGUCGCCCAUCACCUGGACGAGGCCGCCCACUCUCACCUGACUCUACUCUGUGGCCUUGUGAAUCGGCAGAGACUCGAGUUACGAGAGCUGCGGCGUCGCGUAGAGGAACUUUCUGGAAACCAAGACGGAACGUUGCUUUGGAAAAUCUCCAACUAUAGCCGUCACCUCCAGGAGACCAGAAAUGGCUCCAAUGGCACUUCAGAGCUCUUCAGCCCUGCUUUCUACACUCAUCGCUAUGGAUACCGUCUCCAAGUCUCCAUCUUCCCAAAUGGGAACGGCAGUGGUGAAGGAACGCACCUGUCCGUCUACAUCCGAGUGCUCCCGGGCGAGUACGAUGGCCUGCUGGAGUGGCCGUUCCCUCACCGCGUCACCUUCUCACUGCUGGACCAGAGCGACCCAGCGCUCUCCAAACCUCAGAACAUCACCGAAAGCUUCAGCCCAGAUCCCAACUGGAAGAACUUCCAGAGACCUCGGCCUGGAGCACUGUCCGGGAACGUACGCACUGGAUGUCUGGACGAGAGCAUGCUGGGAUUCGGGUACCCCAAGUUCAUCUCGCAUGAGCGGAUGAAGGAAAGGAACUACAUCCGAGACAACGCCAUCUUCAUCAAAGCUUCUAUUGACGUGGUGCAGAGAAUAAUCAACUGAGUUGAGCCUGAGUAAAAGGAAGCAUGUAAAAUGUUCACGUAUAAGGUCAUCAUUUGUGGGAAAUGACGAAUUUUAAGCAGACAAGUCUGAAAUGCUGUCUGUCCGUCUGAAUUUCAGCCUGUCCGAAUGAUGGGCCAAGAAGCUAAAGGGCUUUAGAUGCCUGGAGAUGCUUCUCCACUAUUUCCAGGCACGUUUUUAUGAUCUUCAAAGGCCAAAUUACACUAGACAUUAGUUGCUAAUUACACUACAAAUUGAAUAUAAUUUGAAAGAAAAUAUCAGAAGAUUCAAGAAAAACAUGCUUAAAGUUCUACCCAAGAAAACAGUCACACACACAGGUCAGUUCCAUGUCUAGAAAAAAGUCUGGAGGACCAAGGAUGUUCCAGUUGGUUCCAAAUUACUGGUUCUCAUAUGCAGGUACUAUAAUAAUACUCAUGAAACAUUAUGUCAACAAUGACUAUUUUUAUACAGUGUUUAUAAUAAGUCUAUAAGAAAUUUAGUAAUUAACAACACAACUAUUCUUACAUAAUCAAGUUAAAAUUUUGAGUCCGAGAUUCCAAGUGACUUUUUGUAAUAAAAUGACUCAAAACUAGACACGGUCAUAUCAUUUGGCCUUCAGACUAAAAUCUGCUGGACUAGAAUUUAGAAAAUAGAAGAAAAUCAACUCUAUUAAAAUAUAAAUCUACA